AAAAAGCUUUAAACAGUUCAGAGAAGAGGAAGCUGCCCUCAGAUCACAGCCAUGGUUCUUUCAUUCAUCUGUUUUCUGCUCUUAGCAGGUGGAUUAACGUCCWGUUUGGAAAUACAAGAUGAUCUUGACAACCAGUUGAACUCUAAUCAGAGUUACACAGAACUAUCAGAUGGGAAUACAACAAGUUAUAAUAUGACGGAUUAUAAUAACCAGACAUCUGAUGAAACUGGAACUAAGUGUAGAUACCGGGACGUUCUAGAGUACCUGAACUUGACCAGUAGCAAUGACGUGUUGACCAUGAGCAGACCUACUAGACAUUAUAAAAGAGCAUCUGGAGUUUACAUUGAAAUGAGGAUGUACGCUAUUCUAGAUGUGAGAGAAGCAGACCAGUCCUUCAUCUCAUAUAUUUGGAUUUUUAUGGACUGGGAUAAUCACUAUCUCUUGUGGAAUAAAGAGGAGUUUUGUGGAAUUUCCGAAGUCGUGGUUCCACGUGAAUCUUUGUGGAUGCCUGAUAUCAUAAUUGAAGAAAUGACUGAAAAAGAUAAAAAUGUGCCGAGCCCCUUUCUCAAAGUUCAUAAUUAUGGUGUGAUCGAGUACAGGGAUGAUAAGUUUGUGACCAGCACCUGCAAAAUGAAAAUUUUUAAUUUCCCCUUUGACAUUCAGAGCUGCAACAUCACCUUUAGGUCGAUCCUAUACUCUGAUGAAGAAUUAGUCUUUUACAUGAAAAAUAACGAUACAGUAAUCACAGAGGAGUCUAAUAAGAGUAUCCGGAUGCAGUACGAAUGGAAGUUUCUCAAUAUGUCAGUCACUGAAAAAACUGUCAAGAACUUUUACACCAACCAAACUGUUGUUGUCUACACUAUAACCAUGAAGAGAAAGUCAGCACUUUAYGUCGUCAACUUUCUGCUGCCCAUCCUCUUCUUCUUGUGUCUGGACUUUGYCUCYCUCCUGAUGCCGACCGGUGGUGGAGAUAAGAUUAGCUUCAAGAUCACGGUGCUACUUGCUGUUACAGUGAUGCAGCUGAUUCUCAUUGAAAUCCUACCUUUUACCUCAAGCARGAUUCCACUUAUAGUGAUUUACUGCAUUGGRGUGUUUGCUCUGAUGCUGUUCAGCCUCUUAGAGACCAUUUUUGUGAAUUAUCUGAUGACAAAAGACUCUUCAUCCCUGGAAAGCAAGAACGAGUGUGACAAGCUUCAAAUAAUAAAAGYUUCCUCCACUGCCUCCACCUGUGAUGAGUUGACCGAUCAAACAGCAUCUAUGUGCAAAGGGGGCAGCAGCAGCCAGUUAUUCUUGGCCAUGGAUAAAUUCUCAGAUGAGCUCAGAGAGAUUAAAAAAAUUGUCCUUGACAAAGAGUCUGAAGAGAAGAAGGAUGGUUACUGGACCGGAGUCGCCAAGAAAAUAGACAAGAUUUUUUCCAUUCUCUAUGUCUUGGCAGCCAUUUUGUUUUUAUCUGUCGUCUUCUCAGUGUGGCUCUCAAAACCAAGCUUACCGAAAUGAUCCAGAUAUUAAUCUUAUUGAGAUGUGAGAAAACAACAUAUCUCUUCAUGUAGCUGCAGGUUCAUUUUGACUAACAAAGUAAUUGAAACUCAACAAUCACAAUUAGUGAYGUAAAAACAAGCAAAGUUAAAACAAAUGUGAAAAUCUGUGGGAAAAAAUCAAGCUCUUCUGGAUUCUACUGCUGCCAUUUGCAGAAAUAAACUGCUCUUCRUCAGAAACAAC